AUGCAUGCGGCACCAUUGAUCGUACUGAAUGGCUAUCCUGGUGUGGGAAAGUCAUCAGUAGCUUCGGCAUUACAAGCUCUGAUCGCGGACUCGCGAUUCUUGCCCAGCCAUUUGCUCAUCGAGCCCGUCGCUGCACUCCUCGAGCGCGAGGAAACUGGAUAUCGUGACCUACGAGAAGCACUGCGAACCCCAAUGUUGAAUAGUAUUGCCUCAAACCCAUCUCUCCGACAACGCACUAUCAUCACUACAUACUACCAAGAGACGCUUAAAGACCGUGAGAUAGAUCUCAAAGAAUAUUUCGAGGGCGCUGUGAAAGGUGGCCGACCUUUUGUGGUGUUCAUCUUGCGCUGCAGCCCGGAGGAGAAUACUAGAAGAUUGCUUGGACGCCCAGCAAGUCUGAAUUCCAGGCUGACCGACACAGACAUCCUCAAAGAUAUUCGGCAACAUCAUUUCGUCUACUCUUUCUAUGAUGACGGAUUCAAACAGCCAGAUGUUUGGGAAUAUCAGCUGGACAUAGAGGACACUAAGCCAGAGGAGGCUGCGCAUAAGAUACUAGAGCAUCUGAGAACCGUGCCGGGUGCUUAG